UUCCACUCUCACAGUCUCCACCGCCCAUCGCCGUCGUCUAAAACCCCCAAAAAUAAAAAGAUGUCCUCCUCUGAUAUGAUCCUCACCAAAUUCUCCGGCGAAUACGACGCUUACCACCUCGCAUCCCCUCCUCCCGCCGACAAUUCGACGAAGAGAGGCGGCGCCGUCGCCCGGACCUCGCUCAAGGACCGCCACACGAAGGUCAACGGCCGCGGCCGCCGCGUCAGGAUCCCGGCGCUGAGCGCGGCCCGCAUUUUCCAGCUGACGCGCGAGCUCGGCCACCGCUCCGACGGCGAGACGAUCGAGUGGCUCCUCCGCCACGCCGAGCCGUCGAUCAUCGCCGCCACCGGCUCCGGCACCGUGCCCGCGGAGUCCGUCUCCAGCUCCUCCCGCGCCCUCCCCCCGUCCCGCCCCUCCGCCACCCUCCAGAUGCCCCUCCACCAGGUCACUCUCGCCGCGCAGCCAUCGCCGUUGGAGUUCCCGAUGAUUGGCUUCCGCCACAUGCCGUUCAUGGCAUUGCUGCUGCAGCCCUCCGACGACGUCGACGCCUUGGCCGGAGAUACUCACUAGAUUUUGUACAAUCAAUUUCAUUUUAUCCACCUACUACAUCUAAUUAAUUAAAUUAACCCCUCCUAUAAUUAAUUCUGUUUUUAUCAGUCUCCUUUAUU